GAUUAAUCUGCCAAUCUGACAUUUAUUUGACAACACAAAUUUUGGAAGUUCUGCAUUGUAUCCGCAAUACUUAUUUGGGAUCAAUUCUAAUUGAAUCCAAUAAAAAUAAAUUAAUACGUUUAAUUAUAAGUAUGCAGUAUUAAAUAAGAAGUCUCUGAAUUGACUUCUGUAAUUCUCAAUUCAAAUAAGUUUUAUGAAGAAAUAAGAAGUUAAGAUGUCGGAUAAGUUGUUGACGCUGGGUCAGCGGGUGAUGGUGGUUGGUAAAGACGUGAAAGGUUCCGUCGCUUACGUAGGGCAUCCCACCUUUGCAACUGGUAAAUGGAUCGGAGUUAUUCUCGACGAACCGAAGGGAAAAAACAAUGGAACUGUUCGAGGACACGCUUAUUUUACGUGUGAAGAGAACUACGGAGUGUUUGUUCGACAAACCCAGAUCCAGCUACUGGAUUCAGAAGACCAUCCGAUGGAAACGUCCAUGACGACUUCAUCUGAGGAGACGAAGACUCCCGCUACCAACAGAAGGUUAAGCAGGGUGCGACGGAAGGCGUCACCGGCGCAGAAUAAGGCGGGAACUCUGUCUAUGUCGAGCUCGAGGACCAGUUUGGCAAGCAGUCGACAAAGUUUGACUUCCUAUGCAUCCCCCACGACGGAGAGGGCCGCGUCGCCGGAGCAAAAGAGGGCUUCGUUUGUUGAGACUGGUUUCGUGGAAACUCUGACUCCUCAGUACACUCCUGGCCAAAGCAUCACGUCGCCGCAGCCAGCGUCGUCCAGCAUGGAGGAUAAGAUCGCCAAUAUCCAGGCUCAGCAGGAGAUAACAAAUCUGAAGGCAGAAGUGGAAGAUUUGAAGGAGAAGCUGGAGACUAUAAAAGUCCGUCGAGCGGAAGACAGGGAGAAGCUCAGAGAAUUGGAGAGAGUACGUCUUCAGCUGGACCAGGCUAAUGAGUUCAAGGCCAAGAUAAUGGAGUCCCAGGCUCAGUUGCAGAGGGAUCUGCAGAGGGCCAAGCAGGAGGUACGCGAAGCUCAAGAAGCCCUGGAAACCCAUAACGACGAAACAGCAGAGUUACAAGAGGCAGCAGAAAUGGCAGCUCUUGACAAGGAGAUGGCGGAAGAAAGGGCCGAAGCUCUUCAGAUGGAACUGGAACAGUGCCGGGAGAAGCUGGAGGAAGCUACCCUCGAUCUGCAGCUGAUGAAGGCGGAAAUGGAAGCCGGAGGGAAUAUACAGCACCCGUACGCAGAAGGGGGCGCCACUGGCUACGAGAUGAGACAGCUGCAACAACAGAACGUGAGACUUCGAGACACGCUCGUGAGACUUCGAGACUUGUCGGCGCAUGAUAAGCAUGAAAUGCAAAAGAUGCAUAAGGACUUGGAACAAUACAAAUCGGAGAUAGCAGAACUCAGUAGGACUAAAGAGAAGCUGUCUCUCAGAGUCGAUGAGUUGGAGGCUCAGGUAGCUGACCUUCGGGAGCAGGUGGACGCUGCGCUUGGGGCAGAGGAAAUGGUGGAACAGCUGGCUGAGAAGAAGAUGGCUUUGGAAGACCAGGUGGAACAGUUAAAACAAGAUGUCUCCGAGUUGGAAGCUUUGCAGGAGGUCCACGAACAGCUGGUGGAGUCCAACAGGGAACUGGAGAUGGACCUUCGGGAGGAGUUGGAAAUGGCACACGCUAAUACUAGAGAGGCCAUAAGAGAAAGAGAAGCAGCCUUGGAAACCAUCAUGGAUCGAGACUCGACGAUCCUCAAGUUCAGGGAGCUAGUUCAGAAGAUGACUGAACAGUACAACGAGACCAGGGCGCAGCUCGAGUCCAAACAGGGCUCACCAGCCCCAUCAGAACAGGAGUCCACUCCGGAACCAGUCUCCCGGACCUCACCGCCAAUGGACCUCGGUUCCCUGGUCCACGCGUCCAGGGCUUCGACAAGGUCUAUUGACCUUCAGCUCAGGGCUUUAGACCUGACUCAAGCGAGGGCUAGAGCUGAUAUGUUGGCUGCUUGCUUGCCUGACCACUUUAUGGCGACUUCUGGUGAUCAUGACGCGAUUCUGCUGAUACUCUUACUGCAAAGAUUAAACACGAAGGCAGACAUCAUUCUUGGACAAAUCAGGGAGAAGUUCCCACCAGUGAACGUGUGGGACAGAGAGGUCGUGACUAAGACUCAUACCGCAGUUCAGUACAGCUUCCGCUGCCAACUAGAAUACCAGCUCCAUAUGAUACAGUGCGUAGUAUGUAUGUGGACGGCGGCAUUGGACAGUUGUCCGCCGGAACUAUUGCUCCGCGCGGCGUCCGCCCUCCCUGACGCGGCGCAGCAAGAACGGGCCUUAGAUGCCCUCACACAGCUGCUCAAGUCCAACGAACUGGAUGAGAACUGCGCCCUGGAUGGUGUCGAGCGUGUAUGGACGUAUUUAACGGCCAUGUGGGGAGCCCUAGGGCUGGGCGUGGUGACGGAAGCCCAGGUGGCUCGAGAACCUUUACUCCACGCCUGCAGCGCUCUGGAUGCCCUCGCCAGGGCUUUGCAUGCUGACGCAUCCGCGCUCACGCAUAUCCUACAGCAAUCGGACCGUCAACAAGAGCUAGGCGUCCUCCACGAGGCCGUAUGCGCGUCCAGCGCGACCCUACAGCAACAGCUCAAGUCGGUCAGGCGCCGUCUGCCCCCUGGAGUCAAGCUGCACGCUGUGCCCCUGGAUCCUCAGUUAGUGGAACGUCUCCGCGGCGAGUGCGCGAGCUCGCUAUGGCGUUGUUCCCGCGCGACGUGGCUGGCGGCGCGCGCCGCCUGCGCCUGCGCAGCGACGGCGGGCGAGCGAGCCGACGGCGCGCCGCUACCUCACGCCGCGCUACACACGCUCUGGGCCGCCGCCGUCGACAAAAUAUACCAACAGGACGACCACGGCCCCGUACGUACGAUAAAGCACUCGCUGGCGGCCGUAGCGGCCGAUGUCAACAAGUUGGCGACCUUCGCGCAAGACAAGGAAUAUGAUAUGAUGUCACUGACUAACGUACAGUCGGAGAAGCCGAUUCCACCCGUGGUGAUCAGAGCUCAGCUGGUGAAGAAGCAGCUGGAGGAAACGAAGAGCCUCACCAUCAAGCUGGAGAACAAGGAGGCUGAUAUCAGGGAACUGAGGAAGGCUCUCAAGGCCAAACAAGAGGAGUUAUCGGAGAUGACGAUACGCCGCGAGCUGGGCGAACGCAAGCUGUCUACAGCCGCGAGGGACGCCGAACUCAGGGCAGAGCAACUACAGCGCAGGCUGGAGGACGCUCAUAAUCAACUAAAGAGAAAAGAGAAAGAAUUCGAAGAGACGAUGGACCAUUUGCAGCAAGAUAUCGAUUCUUUGGAGACUGAACGUGGCGCUCUCAGGGAGAAACUGAAGCUGUACGCCAAACGAGGGGGCACGCAUCAUGAGGAAACACCGGUGAAGGUGACUGCCGGCAUCGCCGCGGGAGAAGUCAACGAGGCUCUGCAGCAUCAAAUCAAGGUUUUGAGCUGGACUGUCGAACGCGAACGCGCAGCCCGAGUAUCGGCUUGUCGCAAGGCGGAGCGUGCAGCUUUAAGGGCGCUUCGCCCCCUGGAGCACCCUGCGUCCCCGGCCGCCACGGCGCGACGUCACGCCGCCGCCCAGUUGGAGAGAGACCUCGCUAAGUUGCAGACUGAAUGGACGAUGUUCGUGGCUCGGUCGGGUCUUGUAAAGUUCCCCUCGGAGCCCGGCCAGUAUGCACACGCGUUGCAACUGCACAAGGACAGACAAAGGGAGCUCAGGAGGCAACUUGAGACUCGGCUAGCCGCGCUGCAAGCCGAGGUCCGCCAGCAGUUGCUGAUCCACCGACCGUGGCGCUGCGUUGAGGCCGACUUCGCCGAGUUCCCGGCGCCUGAGCUCGCCGCGGUGCUAUCGUCGAAAUCUGUGGACAUUGGUACAAUCAAAUAUCCAGCGCCAUCUACCGGACAGGCGGAAGACACGAUCUUCGUGACUCCUGCGCAACUCGCCAAGCUUCGCGAACUGGUCACCGAACUCCAAUCGGAUGACGUGAAGCUGGAACUUCUGCCACUGGACAACACCGUGUGUGCCGCAUAAAUUUGUGGGUAGUCUGAGAAAAACAUAUUAAGUUAGAGUGAGAUGGAAUAUGUAUGAGCGAGACGCAGCUAUCUAUUUAUUAUUGUUGAAAUAUUGUCGCACUUUUUCUGUAUUGUUAAUAUAGACAGUUUUUCU